GGAUUCAUUUGGCAGGCCAAUUGGCCCCAGUCUGGCUGGUUGUUGGAAUUCGGCCUGCAUUGGCCUUGGCCUCUACGGAGCGCAGCGGUCGGGCAUAACUUAAGCCGGCGCGUAUUUAUUGCUUCAGACAUACGCUGAGCGCUGCUCACUUACAUAGUCAGGCGCGCCUGGCUUUCCUUCUCCAUACAGGAGACCCACCCUAAACGGUUGCGCCACUCGGCGCGGCGGAGCGACAAUGGCCGCGUUAUCAUGGCAAGGAAUUGUGGCGGUCACGUUCACAGCCCUCGCCUUCGUGGUGAUGGCUGCUGACUGGGUGGGACCUGACAUCACCUUCACGGUACUACUCGCCUUCCUUACGGCAUUCGAUGGGCAAAUCGUCACGGUUGCCAAAGCCGCGGCCGGCUACGGCAACACAGGCCUUCUUACAGUCGUGUUCCUGUACUGGGUGGCCGAGGGCAUCACCCAGACCGGCGGCCUGGAGCUGAUUAUGAACUACGUGCUGGGCCGCUCCCGCUCCGUGCACUGGGCGCUGGUGCGCUCCAUGUUCCCCGUCAUGGUCCUGUCCGCCUUCCUGAACAACACCCCCUGCGUCACCUUCAUGAUCCCCAUCCUGAUCUCGUGGGGCCGGCGCUGCGGCGUGCCCAUCAAGAAGUUGCUCAUCCCGUUGUCGUACGCGGCCGUGCUGGGCGGCACCUGCACCUCCAUCGGCACCUCCACCAACCUGGUCAUCGUGGGUCUGCAGGACGCGCGCUACGCCAAGUCCAAGCAGGUCGACCAGGCCAAGUUCCAGAUCUUUGACAUCGCGCCGUACGGUGUUCCCUACGCGCUGUGGGGCUUCGUGUUCAUCCUGCUGGCCCAGGGCUUCCUGCUUCCCGGCAACAGCUCCCGCUACGCCAAGGACCUACUGCUGGCGGUGCGCGUGCUGCCCAGCUCCUCCGUGGUGAAGAAGAAGCUCAAGGACUCGGGUCUGCUGCAGCAGAACGGCUUUGACGUCACCGCCAUCUACCGCAACGGCCAGCUGAUCAAGAUCUCGGAUCCGUCAAUCGUUCUCGACGGUGGCGACAUCCUGUACGUGUCUGGAGAGCUGGAUGUUGUGGAGUUUGUGGGUGAGGAGUACGGACUGGCGCUGGUCAACCAGGAGCAGGAGCUUGCGGCCGAACGCCCCUUCGGCUCCGGCGAGGAAGCCGUGUUCUCCGCCAAUGGCGCCGCGCCCUACCACAAGCUGGUCCAGGCCAAGCUGAGCAAGACCAGUGACCUGAUCGGCCGCACCGUUCGUGAGGUGUCGUGGCAGGGCCGCUUCGGUCUGAUCCCCGUGGCUAUCCAGCGCGGCAACGGCCGCGAGGACGGCCGCCUGAGCGAUGUGGUCCUGGCCGCCGGCGAUGUGCUGCUGCUUGACACCACUCCCUUUUACGAUGAGGACCGUGAGGACAUCAAGACCAACUUUGAUGGCAAGCUGCACGCGGUGAAGGACGGCGCUGCCAAGGAGUUCGUUAUCGGAGUCAAGGUCAAGAAGAGCGCCGAGGUGGUUGGCAAGACCGUGUCCGCCGCCGGCCUGCGCGGCAUCCCCGGCCUGUUCGUGCUGUCCGUGGACCACGCCGACGGCACCAGCGUGGACUCCUCCGACUACCUGUACAAGAUCCAGCCCGAUGACACCAUCUGGAUCGCCGCUGACGUGGCCGCCGUGGGCUUCCUGUCCAAGUUCCCUGGCCUGGAGCUGGUGCAGCAGGAGCAGGUGGACAAGACCGGGACCUCCAUCCUCUACCGCCACCUGGUGCAGGCGGCCGUGAGCCACAAGGGCCCACUGGUCGGCAAGACCGUGCGCGACGUCCGCUUCCGCACCCUCUACAACGCCGCCGUCGUGGCUGUGCACAGGGAGAACGCGCGCAUCCCGCUCAAGGUCCAGGACAUCGUGCUGCAGGGCGGCGACGUGCUCCUGAUCAGCUGCCACACCAACUGGGCGGACGAGCACCGCCACGACAAGUCCUUCGUGCUGGUGCAGCCCGUGCCCGACUCCUCGCCGCCCAAGCGCAGCCGCAUGAUCAUCGGUGUGCUGCUGGCCACUGGCAUGGUGCUGACCCAGAUCAUCGGCGGCCUGAAGAACAAGGAGUACAUCCACCUGUGGCCCUGCGCCGUGCUCACCGCCGCGCUCAUGCUGCUGACCGGCUGCAUGAACGCCGACCAGACUCGCAAGGCGAUCAUGUGGGACGUCUACCUGACCAUCGCCGCCGCCUUCGGUGUGUCGGCCGCGCUGGAGGGCACGGGUGUGGCUGCGAAGUUCGCCAAUGCCAUCAUCUCCAUCGGCAAGGGCGCUGGCGGCACUGGCGCCGCCCUCAUUGCUAUCUACAUCGCCACCGCCCUGCUGUCCGAGCUGCUGACCAACAAUGCCGCCGGCGCCAUCAUGUAUCCUAUCGCGGCCAUCGCCGGCGACGCCCUCAAGAUCACGCCCAAGGACACCUCCGUCGCCAUCAUGCUCGGCGCCUCUGCCGGCUUCGUGAACCCCUUCUCCUACCAGACCAACCUGAUGGUGUACGCGGCCGGUAACUACAGCGUGCGCGAGUUCGCCAUCGUGGGCGCGCCGUUCCAGGUCUGGCUCAUGAUUGUGGCCGGCUUCAUCCUGGUGUACCGCAACCAGUGGCACCAGGUCUGGAUCGUGUCUUGGAUCUGCACCGCCGGCAUCGUGCUGCUGCCCGCGCUGUACUUCCUGCUACCCACCCGGAUCCAGAUUAAGAUCGACGGGUUCUUCGAGCGAAUUGCGGCCGUGCUCAACCCCAAGGCCGCGCUGGAGCGCCGCCGCUCGCUGCGCCGCCAGGUGUCGCAUACGCGCACCGACGACAGCGGCAGCUCGGGCAGCCCCCUGCCCGCGCCCAAGAUUGUUGCGUAAGCAGUCGAUUGAAAACAUGCGGGCGCGCACGCGGCUUGCCUGUGAUCGUGGGGUGCUAAGUUGGGCGAUGUAAAGCAGCCUACUGGAUGUGGGUUUCGUGAGUGCUGGAGUGCGGGAGAGAGUGGUGCCGUGCCGAGUGGGAUACCUAAAUCGAAAACCUUAACAGAUGUGAUGCAUCGGGCAUUGUUGGUCGCAUUGGCAGCUGCCGACACUACUGUAGUGUGCAUAUGUGUGCCGUGUUCUAGUGAUUUGAUCUGUGUUAACCAGACUGGGCUUAAUAGCCUUGAUGUCUGAUGUAUGAUAGCUACGGCGGGCAUAUAUUCCCCCGAGGAUCAUCUCGGGAAGUGCAUGGGGUUGUGGCUUGAAGCCUCAAACAUAUACAUGCAAGCAACGGAAACUCGGUUGUGUGUGGGUCUGCAUAACUAGAGGGCACACUGUUUGCAUGGCAAUAUGACGCGCCGUUUCGACUGCAAGAGCGCCGAUGCUAAGCACGUGAGCAGUCAACUAGACACGGGUCAGCCUGCGCGUGCGUUGUGGUCAUCAAACAUGGUGUUGACGGAACAUGAGAGAUGGGCGUGUGUGGUGCGUGUCGGUUGAGCUAGAGAGUGUGCCAGGUGCCGGGCGGGUUUUGGGGGGGGGGGCUCGGACGUCCUACCUGCCAGCUGAGCCUGCGGAUAGCACCCUCGUGGCACCCGCAACACGGGUACGGCGGCGUGCGCCUGCGCCUGGCGGGGUGUUGAAUGUAAUCCUGUGAACAGAAGCGCAUGCAACAUUCAGCGUCUGUUGCGUAGCUCUUGCUGUCGGAAUCAGCCAGGUAGGCUGGUAGUGCAGCUGCGCUCGCGGUUCACCAAAGAUGUCAUAGACGUCUUCCUGCAUCGAUCGCUGGGCUGCCGAAAGCCCGUAUACUGGGUGGCGCAAGGCCGUGUACUGGGGGGUGCAAGCAUGGGACUGGAAGCGGCCACUGUUGGUCACUUCAUGUCCAUUGAGUAUAAUAUGAUCGAGCGCUGGUUCGCUGCAUCCGCGCAACUCAACUCAUUAAGCCGACCCGGCAGCAUAGAGACAUGCGCUUGCUAGCCAUCACGACCUGGACGGGCACCCUGGGCCAACACUCCCUCUUGAAUUUUGAACAUCCCGGAAAGUUUGGGGUUGGCGCUAAUUACGCGGGCAUUAAUUAGUGUAUUCCG